UUCUCGUCCCCGUGUCGUCUCACAGGAACCGUCUCAGAGACAGAUGUCAAUCGUUCGGAGGAAGUUUGACUCAUACGACAAGGACGGGAGCGGCUCGGUGCUGAGAGACGAUCUGACGAGCGUCUUCACGGACCUGUUCCCCGCUCUCAGCAAGAACAUGUUGGCGAGGUUCAUCACUGACGAGCUCAGAGCUGCAGACAAAACCUUCUCCAAAACGAUAGACUUCCAGCUGUUUGUGGGCUUUUACAGGCGUCUCUUCUCUCAGUGCAGAAGUGUGGUGGUUCAGGACUCUGACGUCAGCGUCCCUCCUGAGGAGAAGAGCGCUCCGCCGGUCAGUAAGAUCCCCAGAUAUAAAGGAGGACAGAGUCAGACAGCAGCAAAGGACUCGGAGAGCGCGGCGUCUCUGGGCAAAGGAGACUUCCAGCCGCCGAGCUUCAGACACAACGAGGCGUCCGACCACAGGAAGAGGGAGCGUCCGGACCUGGACCUGGAGGUGGAGGACGACCCCGACGACGGGGACUCGUUCUUCGACGACCCGCUGCCCAAACCGCAGAAGACGUACGGCUGUCGCAGUUCACCUUUGGGAGAGAAAGACUCGUCUGAGCGGACAAACAGUCACAAAGAUCUGUCUGUCCUGGCUGCUGACUCAGAGGACGAGCCGGAUGAUCGUCUCUCUGAACACAGCCGGUCCUCUGAGCUCAGUUUUAAAUUGAGGGUUAACGGAAACCCGCCUACAUUCAGUGAACACUCGUCUUCACUCGGUGACGUGUGA